CACGCCUCUGUCUCUUUCUCCGCAACUCCCCUCCUCUUUUCCUCCCUUCUCCCCCGCCCCAUUAUUUAUCCCUCUUUCUAUCUCCAAACAAUCUCAAUUCCAACAAUCUAAACUCCAACAAUAAUUUCUCUAAACAAAAAGAUCUCAAGAAUCCUGUGUUGCGUUGAAAAUGGCGUCCUCUAAAAACCAGCAGCAACAGAUAUUCCAAGAUCAACUUCCAAUAAUGGCGGAGAAGCUCGGCGGAGACGGCUUAAUCGGAGAAUUAUGCAAAGGGUUUCGCUUACUAAUGGACGGUGAUAAAGGGGUUAUUACAUUUGAUAGUUUAAAGAAGAAUGCAGCAAUUCUUGGGUUGCAGGAUAUGACGGAUGAUGAUUUACGAAGUAUGUUAAGAGAAGGCGACUGCGAUGGCGAUGGAGUUCUUAGUGAGAUGGAGUUUUGUGUUUUGAUGUUUAGAUUGAGUCCUGAGUUGAUGGAGGAAGCUGAAUUUUUGCUUCAUCAAGAACUUCAAUCCUGUUUCUGAUUUUUUUAAGGGAAUUUUGAGUAUGUGCUUCCUAUUUUGAGGCAUGAUGUAAUUGAUGAUUCUUUGGCCACUUUCAUGGUUGGUUGAUUAUGUGAUUAAUACUUACAAGUUACAUUAUA